CGAGUGAAGCUUGACACGAAUAAUGGAGAUGCUCAUUCCGAAUACAUUAACGCUAACAUUGUCAUGGGAUACAAAGAGCGAAAAAAAAUUUGUUUGCGCACAAGGUCCAAUGGAGGGUACCGUGUACGACUUUUGGCGCAUGGCUUGGGAACAACGAGUCGAAAUCAUCGUCAUGCUGACUAACGUAGAAGAGUAUAAUAAGACCAAAUGCUUUCAGUAUUGGCCUGAUCCCGAUCCGUCGAGAAAUGCGUCUACUCCUGAACCGCUAUAUGUUGACCCAGUGGCUGAAACGCAAUCCAAUGGUGGGACCACUCACUCGCCUUCUAACGGCAGUACAGUAGACAUUCAACAGCCAACAGUGCUAGGUACCAUUAAAGCUCCUCAAGGCGACAAGAUUUUCGGCGACAUCCGUGUGAUUCAUGUAAAAGAGAAACGCUAUUCGGAGUAUGUUGUAAGAGAAUUACAGGUUUCACGACCUAAAGUCGGUACUCCUACUGAUCCUGAAUUGGGCAUAAUGGAAAGGGAAGUUCGUCCAGUUUUUCAGUACCACUAUCUAGUGUGGAAAGACUUCCAGGCCCCAGAACAUGCCACGGGAAUUCUUCGCUUUCUCCGUCACUUGAAUGAAGAUUACAGCACCGAUCGAGGACCCAUUUUAAUCCAUUGUAGCGCAGGUGUAGGACGAACGGGAACUCUGGUGGCCAGCAUUGAUCAUUUAGUUCAACAAGUUGAAGAGGAAGGCUUCGUCUCCGUAUUAAAUACAGUCUGCGAUCUCCGUCAUCAACGUAAUUUCUUGGUCCAGUCGCUUAGACAGUAUAUUUUUGUGUAUCGUACGCUCAUGGAAUGGGUGCAAUUUGGUAACACAGAGAUUGCUAUUUCAAAUUUCCAGAAUGCAUUGACUAACUUGCGAAUGAAAACGGAAGGUAGGGUUAAGUCUCCACUCGAAGAAGAAUUCGAUCGAUUGGACCAACCAUUUGAUGACCGAAAACCGAUGAGUGUAGCGUCAUCGGAUGAGAAUCGUGCAAAUAACCGCUAUGAAACUGCCAUCCCUUUUGAUCAGAAUCGCGUUAUCCUGACCCCAGUGGCUGGUCGAGACCGAAAUCCGAGAUACGGAGGUAGGCUAAGCUACGACCAGCGCCGGGUAAAUCCGUUAGCCGAUCAAGGAGGCAGAAGUCGAUACGGCGAUGGCGUUCCCCGACGGGAAAAAUUGGAGAAACUUAGCAUUCCGGAGCAAUGGGACGAAGAUAGUUACGGUGACGAAGAGCAACCGGAAAGUGAGGAAGUAUUAGACGAGUUGAUUCUGGACGAUUUAGACGAUCAGGAUUGGCUACAAAAAUUCUAUAAUCGCCCGUGGCGACCGAGCAGCAGUAAGUCCGAGGAGCCACCGGAACCGCCACCGGCCGUCAAAUCAAAGCGUGCGUCGGCAGCCAUGCCCGUGUACGUGUCACCCAAGCCGGGUCCGUCGAAAGAGAGGACCAAGUGA